AUGGAGGGUGAAGCACCAAAAACCAAACGCAACACUUCCUACCGCCGAAAACUCAACCGUUCCGUAUCUCAAAGGGCGGAAAAUGAUCGUUCUCGUGGAAAUGACAAAGGUGACGAUAAGUUGAGGCAAAGAACCUCUCUUUUUGACAUACCCAAUUGGUCUGAAGUCUUGGGUCAUUUGCGCGGAGGCGCAUUACAAGCAAUUAUGCUCAACGACCUAAAUGAAUUGCUUUCAUAUGCCACAGAAGAUCUCUUGUUUGGUUUUGAUUGUCCAUCUUUCCUACAAACCCUUUCCCAACUUCUACAACAACCGCAAGAAGACUUUAAUAGCCCAGAUUUGGCACCAAUGCACGUGGAUCCAAAUUUCCAAAUGGCAUGUAGUGAUUGUAUACACAUGAUUUUGGAUAUAUUUCCUGAAGAAUCCAAAUUUUUUGAUUCCAACCCUAAAAAUUUUGGGUUCAUCACCUCUAUGUUGGCACAACUUGAAUAUGUUGAUCUUGGUGAAAAAUUGCUCGCUAUCAUUGAUAAAAUUAGCAAGGAAUGUCCUAAAGUAUUAAUUACCUCGAAUGUAAUACCAAAUAUAUUGAAAUACAUAGAUUUUUAUCCAAUAGCAACUCAAAUCUUGGCCCUAGAAACUAUUUCUAGAGCAUUAUCUGCUGUUAGUUCGAUUUCCAACUACGAUGAAUACGUAAAACCGUCACUUUUACCAAUAACUCAAUUUAUGCUCCACCAAAAUGAACGAAUCCGUGAAUCAUCUCUACUCUGUUUCAAAUGUUUGGCCUCCAAUAAUAUGAUUAAUGACAUUAAUGUUACCAUACCUUACUUGGUAUUUCAUAAGAUGAAGGAAUUGCUUGAUACGGAAGUUGCAAUUGCCAAUACACUUCAUAAUCAUGGAGAUUUUAAGAUUUCUAAAUCCGUGCUAGAUGUUGUGGAUAUUUCUGCUGCCUUUAUAUCAUCAUCGAAUUGUUCCGCUGUUAGGAAUGCCGAACAUUCAGGAUUGGUUGAGAGUAUUGCUAAAUUGUUUGGUAUUUUUGUGCCAAAAAAUUACCGUGCGACAAAUUUAUUCGCUAUAACUCGACUAUUGCGUUUCCUAGAUGAUCUAAUCUCAACCACUACCACUAGUAGUGCUGUUAGUUGUAAUCAAAAAAUAUUGAAUCAUUUUAGCCGUGAAACAAUUAAACAACUGCUAGGUGUGACUAAGUGUUCGAUGAUUAAAUCCUUUGAACACGUGAACAAGUGGCUAAAUUUGGAUGAUUGUAUGUACGAUUUUAGUAAAUAUACUGCCAUUAAAUUGCCUAUAAACUGCAUGAACAAGCAAAUACAACUGGAACUUGUGGCUAAAGGUGAAACUACACGACUGUUAUCCCAUCCAUUCGUGCCAUUCAGUCGAAUAGUUUCUUACAUUCUCAAAAAUGAGCAAGUAAAUCUGCCAUUUCAACUCUCCUUAAAUGAUUCCAAACACCCCAAUCCAAUUGUUGUGACAAUCGACACAGAAGAACAUAAAUCUUUGCUUUUGGAGGUUCUACUGAGGGUCACUAAGGGUAAAACGAUCGAGGAUAUUUGGCAAACACCACAUGUACUAGAAGUUAUAUAUCCAUUUGAUUAUAAGCAAGCGGAUAAUUGUUGUUUCAUGGACUGCAGAAUAAAAAGGUUAUUCACUAAUGGCCGUGAUAGAUAUGAUAAGUUUGAUCCCCAAUAUGAAUUAUUCAAAUUGUCAAUUAAGAAAUUCAUCACAGAAGGUGCAGCCAUUGGUGAACGUGAAAACGAUCUAUUUGACAAACUGAUGAAGGAUAAUACAAAGUUAUCAGUCUUUACGCCCCAACAGGUUGAAAUGUUGGUGAUAAAUGAACUAGCGGAUACUGCAAUGCUAGGGGUUCAACCAUGGAUAAUUGAUGCAGUCUCGAUGAAACCCGAGGCAUUUUCACUCCCCCUUCGUCGCUUACUAUUUUACCUAGAAGCAUCAAAUUUAUCUCGUUCAAUAGCCUACAUUCAGAAUAUCAUCAAAACUUCACUGGAUACUCGAUUGAUAGUUUCCAAUAGGGAAAACGGCUCUAGCAUUACCAGUGCCUUGGCAUCGUUUGAAAUGAGACUACUGAGGCACUAUCAUCAUACACUCAGCGCUAGCUCCAAUAAAGCAUUUUCAGACAAUGCUGAGUGCCGAUUGACUGAUCGCGUAAAGGUCAAUUUAGAUCGCAAUAAUUUGUUACGAGGCGCGGCAGAGGCGUUUAGGCAAAUAAAUUUUGAUACCCAACCUAUCAUCGAGUUUUGCCUCGUUGACGAGAAUGGAAUAGGGACUGGGCCCACUCUUGAGGUUUACAACCUAAUACUAGAACAGUUAAGGGAUUUGUCUGAAACAAUCGUACCUUUAUUCUCUCCACAAACUAGCAAUGGUUAUUUCCCAUCGCCGCUAAAUCAGGAUGUGUUUACUGUUGUAGAUGAGGAUGUUUUGCCCUUCUUCGACACGACGCUGGGCGAUUAUGGUGAAGUUGAUAGUGUGAAUAAUUACAAGAGAUUGGUGUUUGGUUGGUGGUAUUUCAUUGGCCAAUUGGUGGCUUGUGCUAUGAUUGAUCAGAGACCCUUGGACAUUCGUUUAUCUCCCCUAUUUUGGUCUUUAGUGAUGACCGACAAUGACGUCACAACCAUUCCAUUCACUAGGGUAUAUAAUGUUAAAUCAGCUGGAAUUUGCAUCAAUAAUGGCAUAACUAAGUACCAUCCCCUGAAAAUACUAUCACUUCUGGAUUAUGAAAUGGCUAGAUCACUGGCCAAUCUGCAAAUUUUGACUCCCAAACAUUUAAACGAAUAUCUCACAGAUCGUGGAUACAAGGAUUUGGAUAGCUACUAUAAAGAUAUUGUAUCUGAUCACUUUGACAAAUAUUCUGUCUCAAUAUUUGCCUUUAGAAAGGGAUAUUCGACGGUUUUGCCCUUAUAUGCACUAAAUUUGUUUAAUAGUGAUGAACUGAGUGAUUGGUGGAAUAAUGAUUAUAUCAGAUUUGACUUAAAUGAAGCUAGGAACUAUAUUAUGGCCGAUCAUGGGUACACUCAGGAUUCUAAACCAUUUGUAUGGUUACUGGAAGUGUUGAGUGAGUUGAGUUGUGACGAAAUUAGGUUAUUUCUAAAGUUCUGUACUGGAUCGCCCAUUCUACCACACGGAGGGUUUAAAAACCUAAAGCCCCUUAUGUGCGUUGUAAAAAAACCUAUUGAAUCUAACCAACCUUGCGUUCUCCCUAGUGUCAUGACCUGUACUAAUUACCUGAAGCUUCCUGAUUACCCUACCAAAGAAAUGCUCAAAAAAAUGCUGUUGUAUGCUAUUAAUGAAGGGCAGAAUGAGUUUGAACUGUCAUAA